CAGCACAACAACUUGGGCAACACGCACGCAGCACCCCCACCCCACCCCCGGCUUGCAUCCCAACUUCUUCCUCCUCCUUUUUCUUCUUCCGGCAGUUGAUUUCUCUGUGUAUUUAUUGAUUCAAUCCACCCAUAGCCGAUGGAGCAAAUUGUAGUGAUCGAUCUCUAACAACAAUACAAUGAAGCGAGAGGGUCGCCAACACGGCCUGGUCCCAACCUGCCCCGUCCUUCCCCCUCUGAACCACCACCCAAGGCCGCCGCAGCCAAAACACAUUUACUCCUCCUCCUGCAGCGCCCCCACCGCCGGUCCCUUCUCCAGGGUCUCCUCCAAGCCCACCAACCACUCCAAGUUCACCGGAAGGUGCGCCCGUGCAAAAUGUCUCGAGUGCCACGUCACCUCCGCCGCCGGCAAAGCAAAGGGCAAGGCCAAGGGGACACUGAAGCAGAGAACCGCCGACGCUGUUGCUGACAAUAAAUCCAUUGCGUGGCGGGUUGGCAAUCACCAUUACAAACCCUGCCACGACGUUCCUGGCUUCUCCGCCACCGGAAUAUUGGACCAUCUGGCUGGAGUUGACUACACAGAUCAUCUCGAGGCUGCAGAUGACGACGAUGAAUAUCUAUGACGACCUUGGUUCCUGGCUUUUUUACUUCCCAAUUGGGGGAAGAAGAACAAGAAGAUGAUGAAACGGGACGGAAAUGAAAAUGUGUGGUUGGA